AGAACGGACCUACUAAAAAUAUUAUAACGGUUUGCACGGUUCCAUUCAUAAAUGAUCUAUCCACAAUCCGUUUGUCAGACACACCACCAGAUUCGCGUGUGGUGAAAGCUACUGGUAGAUCGCUUGACGGAAUUCGGAAGCCACUGAGGCGAGCGGCGAGCGCACACCGUCACAAGCACCACGCCGCCGCUACUGACUGACCCGACCAUCACUCACCCAAUACUUGGAGGUGCGAGAUGGCAGCGUCAGGAUCGGGAGGCAACGAGCCCGGCGGGCGGCCUUGGACGGCGACCAGCACGUGGGUCCUCGGUCCCGCCGGCGGGACCGCGGAGGACGCUGUCUCGUUCGAGACCUCCGACUACGACGCCGAGGCGUCACCGGCUGGCGUCGUGCUCUGCCGCCCGCCGGCCGACGCGGAGGGCGACGUGCAUUCCUGCCCCUGCGAGCUCACUGUUAGUUUCAGGGGGAAGUAUGAGAUUCACAGGGUAUAUGUGCGAAGCACAGCUCGGAUAUAUGAACUAUACCACUCUCCUGAUGCAAAGGGCACCGGCAAGGAUUAUCUAUGCACCGUGCGUUGUGGACUUGCUGUUAAAGAACCGCAGCCCUAUGGCGAAGAAAGUAUGUCCCAGCGGACUGGCAGUGCUUUAAACAGUGCCAAGCGUGAACAUGAGGCAAAAAGUGUAAGCAGUGGUAGUGAUGAAGAUAGUUGGGUUGAUGUCAAUAUUCCAGAAUCUCCUGCGGGAAAUAAAACACUAACAUCUCAAGAAAGGAAUGUGAUUCGUACCUGCCAAGUAAAUACUAUGGCACACUAUGAAGCUACUGCCGAGAUGACUGAUGUUAACCCAUGUGCAUCCCUUACUAUACGUCUUCUAUCACUUCAGUCAAAUACGUCAGUGCACAUUGAGGAAAUCUACAUAUUUGCUGAUCCUGUUGAAUCCACCAAUGAUGUUUCAGUAAGAGGUCCUGGAAACAUGGGAGGCAGUUCUUUGCUGGCAAUGCUUGCUCCUGGCCUUAUGCAAAUGUCUAAGUCAAGAAAUUUGAAAAUUGAUGGUAGUUAUUUUUCUGACAAAUCAAGGGAUCAAGAUAGCGUCACAUGUGAAAGGGUUACACAGGAAGCAGGGCUGUGUAGCACAAAUGAUUCAAAAUAUACGUCUGCAGGGAUAGAAAGUGGAAUGGGCCCUACAAUUGGUGUUACAGUAUCUGAUGAAAAAAGUAGCCAAAGCGAGUUCCAGUUCAAGGAGCCCAAUUCUCUUCCACUGCCUGUACAAACAUUAGAUAGCACACAAGCGCCUUCAGUGAAGGAUCGGCGAGAAUUAAACACAGGUCAUCCCCUCAUGAAUGAAAACUUUACUCCUUAUAAUCAUAUUGAGAGAAAGCUGGAUACUCUGCUGUCAAAGGUAGAGAAGGUGGAAUUAUAUUGCUCUAGGUUUGAGGACAGCAUGAUAAAGCCCCUUGGUAGCAUUGAGGCAAGGCUUCAGCGACUGGAGGAACAGUUUAGUUCGUUCUCUCUGGAUAUUCAGUCUUUGAGAGGUUCUUCUGCAUUUAUGUCAGCACCAGAUGGUAUGCCUAAUACAAAGAGCUCGCAGGAGGAAGCACCUAAUGAUGCUAAUGAUAGAAGUACUUCUACAACUGACAGGAAGCCAGGUUUAGUUGUUAGGGCGCCAGAUUUUAUGUCAGAUGAUUCCUGUGGUUGUAAUGUAAUAACUAAUGGAAACCAGGUUAGUUGCCAUGGGCCUAAUGUGGUGCCAAGGCUACUUGUGAAGGUCCCUGAUUUUAUUUCUCAAGCUGAGUUAACUGAUGGAAACCUCCAUGAUGGACAUGCUCUAUCUUCUGAAAAGGAGUGUAAGCCUUCCCCGGGUUUAAUUGUCAAGGUUCCUGAAUUCCUAGAUGAUGAUGAUGAUGAUGACGAUAAUGACAGCGACGACGAAGUGGAAGGGAAGAAACAGGCAGAAGUUUGUGGUGAUGGUGAUGCUCACGCAUGGUCUGAUGAUACUCUGAAGAAAAACACAUCCAGCAACACCAAGAGCAAAAAAACUGUAUCUAUCAAUGGGGCAUUGGCGUCCGCAUUGGAGGCAUUACUCACUUCCACCAUAGGACCACCAUCUUCAAAACCUGCUGUUUGCGCUACCAGUAAUUUAAGUGCUGAAAAUAUUAAUGAUUCCUUCAGUUGCUCCCGUUAUCCUGGAAAAAGUGGCGAGAUGCCCACUAAAUAUGGUUCAGUUGACCAAUUUCUGGGUACAUCUGGUGAUCCAAAUUUGGUCGGUGCCUUCAUAUCUUUUCAGGAUAUUGAUACGACUCAUAAUUCUCUGUCAAAGGAAAUGUUGGAUAGCGAGGUUGAGAUAAAUGAACAUAACUGUGAUCUCAAUACAGAAAAGGUGGCAUUUGUUGCAAUCACAGAACCAUUGGAUGUUUCCUCACAGACUGAUAAAAUUGACGAAUCUAUUUGUGAUGGAAGUUGGAUGAACAGACAAAACAAUGGUUCUAAUUUUGAUACAAUGCCAUAUAUCAUGAACAUUGAACCUUUGGAUCCUUCUAAGCCUCCUACAGUUUUUGGACCUGUUGAUAGUGGAGUUCAGGUGAAUGAAGAUAGACCUUCCAUAUCCUUGCUGGAGUUUCUUGCAGCAAGGAAUGCAAACUCUUGCAAGAAUGAUACUUCGGAGGUAUGCCUUGGUAACGAAGCUGCUGAAAAACUGUCUUUUGAGAGAACAUCGGCUGGAGCUGGUAAAAACUCGAAAAAUACCAGUCAACUUCUAGUGAAGAAAGCUCUUGAGAUUGACGCGGACGAGAGAUUUUUUUUGUCUAGUGUACCCAUCGGGGCAAAAUUUGAAAGAACAAGCAGUCCCGCCCCCAGAACUAGUGGGCACGAUAUUAAUAAUACAAAAGAAGCUGUCUCAGAUAAGGAAUGUGGCCUGGAGGAUAGAGAGAAUGGAAUUAGGCUCUCUUCGAGGAUGGACUCUAUAUUUUCUCAGUGUCAUGCUACAGACUCCUUGUCAAGUUUGAGUAGUAUGGAGUCAUUUAGUGCAGCACCUGCCACAGACCCUGUUGUUCCAGGGAAUGACACAUCGGGAAAUUUCGUGGAAGAUCUUGCAGGCAUUGGAGAUCAUCCUGUUGCAACACUAAUAUCUGGGGAAGAUCUCCAAAAGGUUUGUGAUUUGCUUUAUGAGUUGAAGGAUGACAUGUUGGGCAUGGCCUCCACAGCAAAGUGUACAAACAAGAGCAGCCCGUCCCUUGAAGUCUUGCUUGCUGAAUCAUCUGAUUCUGAAGUGCAAAUUUCUGAUCUUGAGGAGGGUAUUGCCAGUGGCGCUGGCAUUGGCUCAGCUGGACUGUUUGGUACAUUCUCAUCUUCAGAUGACGAUGCUUCUGCUGCAGGCGAGCCUUUAGGUGAUGUUGCCGACCUGACUACACCAUCAGAGCCAUAUACUUCUGCCUUCAAUGAGCCUCUGGUUGACGUGGCUGACCUGACAAACCCUUCAGGGACAGAUGCUACUUCAGUGAAUGAGCAGCCUUCGGCUGAUGUGGUUGAUCCGCUACAUACUUCAAACGAGCCUUUGGUCAGUUUGGAUGAUCUGCCAAACCCUCCAGAGAUGUCUUUUGGUGGGAGCAGUGGAGAACAUCCUGACAGUCUUAUAUAGGAUAAGGCUAUGCGACACUGAUAGUUCAGAGAUGAGCGAUUGAGCGGAACAUGUUCCUGCUGCUGCACUAGUUGGUGUGUGCUGUACAGUGAUGACUGUUUUCUUCGUGCAGAAGUUUCUGUACAUAAAUAAGUCUUUGUGUCCUCAAUAGUUUAUGCUAAAUACUACGAAAGCAAAGUAACUUUGGUUUCGGGUUGCUA